CCCUCUGUUGCGCAUGCGGCAAGAUCUUGUUGUCCCUUGAAGUUUUGCAUGUUCUAAAUGGACAGUACAAAAGUAGUAGGUCAUUCUAAAUGCAGAAGUCGCGGUAACUAUCCUGGAGGUGGACCAGUGCGUUUUCCAGUGUCAGACGACAAAGUGCCAUGGAGCGUCGACUAUCCCGGAUACGAUCCGCCCGAGUACACUGCAGACCGAGUUUUACAAUCAGACAGAUCUGAUGAAGACAUCAAAAGCGGGAAGCACAAAUUUCGUUUCAAUGAGGUAGACAAGAAAGUAGACCGACGAAGUUACACAGGACGCUAUCCGGUAGUAAAUGGGGUGCCUAUGAAUCCAGUUGGUCGUACUGGCAUAGCUGCUAGAGGUCGACUUCGGAAAUGGGGUCCUAAUCAUGCAGCUGAUGCUAUUGCUACAAGAUGGAAAAGGGGUAGCAAUGGAGAACAAGUCGUGAAAGAAGGAAAACCAGUUCUACAGUUCAUUGCAAUACGUAGGCAAGACAACGGUGAAACAGCUAUUCCAGGGGGCAUGGUUGAAGCUGGUGAACAGGUAUCAGAAACACUGUUAAGAGAGUUUGGGGAAGAAGCAUUGAGCAGCUUAGAUGUCAGCAGUGAUGAACGCCUCAAGAUUAAAGCCUUGGUUACUGAACUGUUUGCUCAUGGUGACAAGAUUUAUGAAGGUUAUGUGGAUGAUCCACGUAACACAGACAAUGCUUGGACAGAGACAUUGGCCAUUAACUUUCAUGACGACACUGGUGUGGCAUUUGAGAAAUUCACUUUGAAAGCUGGUGAUGAUGCAGCCGAGGUGUUCUGGGCUGAUAUUGGUCAUGAGCUGAACCUCUUUGCUAGCCACUCUGAUUUCAUGCAGAAAGUGGCAGAAAUACGGGGUGCAUACUACUGAUAUUGAUACGCCUUCCCAUGCCCAUGAGAGCAAACUGACCGACAAGUUUCAUGUGAAGCAAAACUGCAUGUGUUGUAAUGAUAUGAUAUAUGACAUAUUUAUAUGCAAUGUGCUGCAAUAUUUUUGCUUUGUUGUUAAUUAAUUUCACAUAUUUACUUUGUUAAACAAACUGAUUACUUUAAAUGC